AUGCAAGAUCAAGCGGACACUUUAGAGAGAGCAAAAGAGGAGUCUAGCCCAUUUUCAAUUGAGGAAGUGCAAUUACAGUAUCCGCUAAAAUCUCGAGUUUGUAAGCUAUUUGUCAGGAAUAACUAUGUCUAUAUUAUAUUAAAGUCUGGGACAAUACAAGGAAUUGAUUUAGACAAACCAGAAGAUGUAAAUAUAAUCAACCUACCCAUUGGAAGUGAUCAGCAAAUUAAAGACGCAUGGGUUGAUGAUUUUAACUAUCAUUUGAUUUUACGAAGUUCAAAAAAUGAAUACUUUUAUGUACGACAUAACUCAAGCACAUACAGUACACUUUCCAGAUUGAAGAACCUGAAUGUUAGCUGUAUCUGCUUUUUUAGUAGAUGUACUACAAAGACGUUUAGUGGUCCUUUGUUAGUUACGACAUCGAACCGAUUAUUGUUAGAAUAUUCUAUUGACAACAACAAGGAAAAGUUUUUGAAAACUAUUGUGAAGCUAAAAUUUCCCAUAAUUCAAAUGGUUAGCUCAUUACAUGAUGAAUCCAAAGGAGUUCUUAGCUACAAUGUUGAUUUAUUUGCGGAAACAGAGAUUUUGUGCUACAAGACUAAGAUACCUGCUGAACCGGCCUCAAAUGUCCAAGUGUUUCAAGCUUUGGGGAAGGAUACACCCUCUAAAGUCGAUAUUGAGGUGAUAAGUAGAGUCACUUCACAUGGAAACUACAUGACGUUCUAUAAUUCAGAAACUAUUUUUGUGGAUAAGGUGGAUUUGACUGAGUGUGAUGAAUUUAGCACUCGCCGUAUUCCCAUUGAAGAAAAUGUUAGGUGUGUGGCUUUAACGGGAUACUUCAUCUUAGUCAUUACAACAAUGAACAAGCUGGUAGUAUAUAAUCAGUUGAACUUUAACAUAAUUGAAAAGUUCUCUUUGAGUUAUCUUGGAUUGAAUAUCUUGGGAAUUUCAUUUGAUUCGAUAAACAGAACAUUUUGGUUGUAUUCGGAUCACCACAUCUUUGAGCUAAUAAUCAACAUAGAAAGUACUGGUAUUAUAGAUGCUCUGAUACAAAAACACAUGUAUGAUGAGGCUCUCAAGAUUGUUUCACCGUCAAAUAAAGUGCAUCGAAGUUUAAUACUUCGUAAAAAAGGUUAUUUUUUGUUAAACGAACAACAAUACAAGAAAGCGAUUGACGUAUUUUUACAAACAGAUGAGGCAUUUGAUAGAGUGGCAUUGGCAAUUUUUGAGGUAGAAGAUCAGAGUCUUUUAAGAUACUAUUUAAAUUCGAAAUUGAGUAGUUUACCUAGUUCAAUGAAGGCUCAAAAAAUUUUACUGGCCACUUGGAUAGUGGAGACUUAUGCUGAACAACUAAACUCGAUUAAAAAUACCUCAAUAAAUAGCACAAAACACAACAAAUCCAUUAUCAAUGGAUUACAAAAUGAUGACUCAGACAACUUGAAAUCAUCUAGUAUCGAUCAAGAAUUUCAAAACUUCCUCAAGAAAAAUAUGAAGAUUUUUGAUAAAGAAACAGUCUACCAAAUUCUAAUUUCACAUAAUUGCGGCGAUGAUUUGUUGUUUUUCGCAGAACUAAUGCAAGAUUAUGAUUUUGUUUUGAAACACUACAUAUCCCUACAAAGAUGGGAUGCUUCAUUAUCGGUAAUAUCGAAGCAGCAAAGUCCAGAAUUGGUGUACAAAUCUGCAAGUGUACUUUUGGUAAAUUAUCCAAAAAAAACAGUAGAUCUAUGGAUCAGACUAAUUGAUGAUCUGAACCCUCAAAAGUUAAUUCCAGCUCUCCUGACUUAUAAUAAAACUGUCAUUACUUCUCGAAAGAUCUUAGUAGACCAAAACCAGGCGAUCAGGUUUCUCAAAUAUUUAAUCUACGAAAAACAAUCCAAGGAUAAGCUAAUUUACAAUACUUACUUUUCUUUCCUCAUUGCUUUUGCAAAUACUGAUGACGAAAACGUCACUUUAAAACAUUUAGAGCAAUUUGGAGAAUCAAGGAAAAGAUACUUUGGCUUGUCGGGCAAUGGUGAUGUUGCAUUUGACUAUGAUUUUGUUUUGAGACUAUGUUUCAAGUUUAAUAAAAUUCAUUCUGCUAUAUAUUUAUACUCUUUUAUGGGCAAAAAUGAAGAUGCAGUAACCCUUGCACUAAAUAAUGAUUUGAUUGAAACGGCGAUUCAAGUUGCGGAACAGCCCCAUGGACUAGACGAUACCACCAGAAAAAUCUUAUGGAUGAAGAUUAGUAAAGAAUUGGUUGAUAAAGUUCUUUCUAAUAGAGAAUAUGUUUCUCAGCACAGCAAUAUAUUUAUCAAAGACAAAACUAACACUGAAAUUGGUGCAUCAACCAAUGAAAUAUAUAUACUGCUGAAAUUUUUGACUGAAGCAUGUGAACUUAUAACGAUUAGAGAUUUGCUGCCACUAUUUCCUGAUUUUAUUGUUAUAGAUAAUUUUAAAGAAUCUUUAGUGGCUGCCUUACAACAAUUAUCGGCAGAUAUGAAUAAACUUUCCACCGAAAUGGAGGCAGAAUUGACUGAAGCUGAGAAUGUAACACUAAAAAUCAAGAACUUCAAAUCAAGGAAUUUUCAAAUUAUUGAUCCUUACGAAUCAUGCGAAUUAUGUCAUCGUAUAUUAACUAUAAGGAAAUUUAUUGUUUUUCCUUGCUCACAUGCGUUUCAUCAAGAUUGUUUAGUAAAACGUAUACUAGAAUCCAAUGAUUAUAAGAAGAAAAAUGCUAUUUACAAGUUACAAAAGCAAAUUUCCCUAAGUAAAAGAAAUAAUACAUUAUCGAAAGCGGUUAAAAAAGAUAUUGACAUUCUUUUGUCUAGCUCUUGCUGUCUAUGCUCCGAUAUGAAAAUUAAUGAAAUUGAAGAGCCUCUAGUAAAGCCUGGUGAUAACAAAAUGGCCGAAUGGAAGAUUUAG